AUGUCGUCCACUCACACCAAGAAAACACUCACACCAAGACAAUCUGAAGGGAAGCCGUAUAGGCCCGACAAACACAGGAGGCAAGCAAGUACACCAAAAACACACCCCGAUGACCUGCCAAGCAAGGCCACGCACAACAAACAUUAUACUCAACAUCUCGGUGACCGAUCUAAAGGG